CCUUGGAGACGAAAACAUUUCAGCAACAGAAGGAUCGAUAGAAUUGAAAGAUAAAGUCCGAUACUGCUUCCUGUUGGUGCCAUCAUUUCAACAAACCUGGAUACUCGAGACCUCUUCCACCGCUCCAAAGUGCCUUGCAAUCAUCAUUCGCAAAGAUGCCCAAAGGAUUUCUAGUGAAAAGAAACAGAAAAUCCGCACAUGUUUCGUAUAGGACUCGUUCGGAAGAAGAUGACCUACAGGACCACCCCCACCCGGCCGCCUUUCCCAGCAUCCACGGGGCGGACUCUUUCCUGCCCGUGUCCGUCGUGGCGUCCCUCCCUUACCGCGCGGCACCGUCGCCGGACCUCGCCGCGGACGCGCCGGUCCCCAGGCUGGAGAAGCCGGGGCAAUUCGGCAACCCCGAGGCGGUGUACCAGGCGCUCUACAGCCCCACCCGCCCCGUGAGCAAGGAACACGAGCGGGGAUAUUUCGAGAGAAGUUUCAACCUUGGCUCGCCUAUUUCUGCCGAGUCAUUCCCCACGCCCGCCUCCCUCUCCAACAUAGACCACGUCCUUUUCGCCCCCGUGGAUCUGAAGAUCGGCACCAGCAACAGCAACCGCAGCGGCACCACCAGCAGCAGCACCGGCAGCAGCAUCAGCACCACCACCAGCAGCACAAUCCCGGCAGUCCCCUCAGUCCCCACCGCCCGGGCAGCCACCAAGAGACCCGCGAGUGACCACGCAGAACGCAAAGCGAAACCGUCCUCCAAGAAACCCAAAGCCAUCCGCAAGCUCAACUUUGAAGACGAAAUGACAACUUCGCCGGUGCUCGGUCUCAAAAUCAAAGAGGGGCCGCUGGAGACGAAACCGCGCUCUCAAUCAGCGGGAGGGAAUAAGCCUUUAGGGGAGUUCGUCUGUCAGUUGUGUAAGGAGGCGUAUGCGGACCCCUUCUCCUUAGCCCAGCACAAGUGCUCCCGCAUCGUGAGGGUCGAGUACAGGUGUCCCGAGUGCGACAAGAUGUUCAGCUGCCCGGCGAACCUCGCUUCGCACCGUCGCUGGCACAAACCCCGGGCCAGCGCAGCCGGGCUGCCGCCUCCGCACAGCGUCAAGUCUGAAAUCGCCAAAAUGCCCUGCAGCGUGAAGCCCGUCCACCAAGAGGAAGCCAAAGACAUGCGACACGCCGAACUACUGAGUGACAGGGACACCCCGAGCCCAGGCCUGUCCGAAUCGGGAUCUGAAGAUGGUUUAUUCGACUGCAACGUCUGCGGCAAGAGGUUCAAACGUCAAGCAUACCUAAGAAAACACACCUUGGCCCACCAGGCCAUGCAGAAGAAAGUGUACGAGGAGCAGCAGCAGCAGCAGCAGUUACAGCAGCAGCAGCAGCAGCAGCAGCAGCAGCAGCAGCAGCAGCAGCAGCAGCAGCAGCAGCAGCAGCAGCAGCAGCAGCAUCCCCUUAAUUUGAGCCCCGUGGACUGCCUACUGUGCCCCGUGUGCGGGGAGAAUUUCACCAACAGGGCUAGCCAGGAGAGACACUUGCGUCUCAUGCACUCCUCCCAGGUUUACCCCUGCAAGUAUUGCCCCGCCACGUUCUACAGCUCGCCGGGACUCACCAGGCACAUAAAUAAGUGCCACCCGUCUGAGAACAGGCAGGUCAUCCUGCUCCAAAUGCCCGUGCGACCCGCCUGCUAAAUGAGAAGACAACCUUCGUGCCUUUGACGGGGAAAAAAGAAAUGUGUCUUUGGAUGAAAGAAUUGUUUUUUUGUGAGAACAUUGCCAUAGUACUACUGUAGGCCCGCGAGGAGGCAGGGCAACUUGAUGUUUAAAUGGUGUUUCAUGAGGUGUCUUUUUCAUGCCAAUCAGUGAUUGUUGAACGCUUCUCUAUAUCUUGAGUAACAUAUAGGUCUAUUUUGAGAUUUUUUUCCUCAAAUUAGUUUAUCAAAAGAAUACAAAGGGUUAGUUUGACUGUUAAAAGGGUAUUUUUCUAGACGGCACACGUGCUAACUAUAGCUUAUAGACCUAAGAAACGUUUUAAAAGUCCCGCCAUCCUUCUUUUCAUCCAAGCCUUUGAAGUCACCGACCGUGAUCGUAGCUUUACGCUGGUGUGUGAACGACAAAACCUAUCAAUUUUGUCUUAAGAAAAAGAAACCGAAGCAUUCCCUUCUAGUAGAACCACAAAUGCCUUUAGAAUACAAACAAGCCUAGUCUGAAUAGUUCACAUCCACAUCCAAAUUCCGCUGUAUAACUGCCUUAAAAAGUCAACAUCGAUUUUGUUAUUUUGUUUUAUUUUGAAUGCUGGCACAUAUUUUAUUAUUGAAGAUUGUUGCAAUAUUUUUCAUCCUAAUUUUAUUUAUUUAUUUAUUCUAAUUAUUUUAUGUAACUUAUUGUUGUGUCGUGUGAUUAUUUUGUGAAUCGUUCUGGCAGUUUACAUGUCGUAGCCAAAUGUGUUGUCCAAUUUAUGAGUUGUGAUAAUUGUCGUGGGUCGAUUUUAAUCUUCAAUCUCCACAGCUCUUGUAAAACGUAAAGCUCUUAUCUUAGAUGCAAUCUUUUUUAAGGACGCGUUAUUUUCAUAAAUGUUGGCUUUUAUAGCGCUUUGAUUGUAUGUGUAUAUCGUUGUUGUCUAUUAAAAUAAAAUAUUUUCA